UUCUGACUCAAUUGCAACGAUUUUGAAAGUGCAACCAGCGAAUAGAUGAGACAAGUCUGUUUGACUCACACAGCAGCAUAUCGAAUGAGUUGCGGGCCGAUUUUGUGACAGACGGAUUGUGUUUCUAAAUGUUAUAAUUUAUCUUGGGAUUAAUUGCAUUAGUUUGCUCGGUAUGUACGACCACAAUGUUCUCUAAAAAACAAUUCACCAGUGAUUCAAGACAAAUGGCGCAUGGAUCGAGGGAUCAAGAUCUCUCUUCAACUGCCAAUCGGACUAUCCGACCAGCGUACAUCAUCAACCGGUAUGCUGCGUACUACAACAUGAACCACAAGCGGCGAGGUAUGGCCCUGAUUUUUUCACACAAUAAGUACGACAUCGAUAAUAUCCCGAGUCGUGAAGGCAGUGCUAUCGACUGCAAACGACUGAAGGAAACAUUGGACAUGUUUAGAUUCGAUGUAAAGAUUUAUCAGGAUUUCAAGUAUGAAGAAAUUAAGACUGUUAUACAGAAAGUAUCCACGAUGGACCACGAAGAAAAUGACUGCAUUCUAAUAGCUGUGCUAACGCAUGGUGAGGAAGGCGAUUACGUAUACGCCUAUGACUGCCCAUAUGAACUGUCGACUAUUUGGAGCUACUUCACAGCGGAAAAAUGCCCAUCCUUAGCAGGGCGCCCAAAGAUAUUUUUUGUACAAGCAUGCCGAGGCAACAAGCUGGACAACGGCGUGAAGGUGCAGAAGGAUGGCGUUGGUCGGUACAGCAUCCCAACGCAUGCCGAUUUUCUCUUCGCAUACGCUACCAUACCAGGCUUUAUGGCGUUCCGGAAUACCACCCAAGGUUCCUGGUUCAUCAACGAGUUAUGUAAAGAGAUGCAGGAGAAUGGCUUCAAAUACGAUCUUGUUACGUUGCUCACGUUCGUCACCCAGAAAGUUGCCUACGAGCAUGAGUCGGUGUCCAAUCUGCCGGAAUACAACAUGCGCAAGCAAACACCUUGUGUAGUGUCCAUGUUGACCCGCUUGCUGUUGUUCAACGUGGUGUAACAAACUGAUUUAAACACGUUCCAAGAACUGAGACGAUUAUUUUAAGCAUUUUUUGAGCAUCUUACUUACAACGUAUGUCCAAACCUAUUUUACCUUUAAUUUAUAAUCCAUUCAUUACCUCUCGGUAUGUUCUUAAAGUGCAUAUUUUUUUAUUCUGUUCCUUUUUUUGUCCAGACGUUCGCAUUAUGGCGGAGUCGUUUAUAUUAUUUUAGUUCGUGUGACGGAAACUAAUACAAAGUAUCUUUCGGUAUAACAAUAAUUUGCUUUGUUGAGCAUUCGCAAACAUUACUGAUAUUGACCAAGAAAGUUUGCGAAAAAAAACUCAAAAUUAAUCUCAAAGAAUGGCAUCUAUUGCCCGCAAUUCCAAAUGGAAAUAAUUAUUUUAUUUAUGUUGUUACAGUAUUUACACUAGUGAAGUAAUGAAAACAUUUUUUUUCAAUAAAAUUGAAAA